UCUUCUCGUGCUUGGAGGAAGAAGGCCCCGAUGUCCUCCCUGCUUCCCAUCUCGUAACUCCUUCCCUCGCCUACCUUCCUCUCUCUCUCUCUCUCUCUCUCUCUCUCUCUAGACUUCUGAUUGAUGGCAGCUGCGCCGCCGACUCUCCGGCUGCGGCCAACGCUUUUCUCUUUCCGUUUAUCUCCUCCAUAUGUUUGCCCCCCCUUGAUUCCGCCCCCUCCUUCGUCUCAACUUGUAAGAGCCCAAACUUUUGCUCUCGUGCCUCUCCGUAGUUGCCGUAUAACACUAAAUCAAUUCUUCUCCGACCCGCCCCACCGACGAUCGCCGCUCUCCGCCUCCUCGUCCGAUACCGUACAUCCCGUCGACAAGGGAUCCAAAUUUCAUGAAUGGGACUCCAUUAGCGCCAAGUUUGCCGGAGCUGCCAACGUCCCGUUCCUCCUCCUUCAGCUCCCCCAGAUCGUCCUCAACGCCCGCAAUCUUCUUUCCGGCAACAAUGCGGCCCUCUUCGCCGUUCCUUGGCUGGGGAUGCUUACGGGAUUGCUGGGGAACCUGUCACUACUGUCCUACUUUGCGAAGAAGAAGGAGACUGAAGCCGUCGUCGUCCAGACUUUGGGGGUCGUUUCGACCUACGCGGUGAUAGCACAGCUAGCCAUGGCUGAAGCUAUGCCGCUGCCCCAGUUUCUGGCGACUUCAAUUGUCGUGGCUUCAGGGCUGAUUUUGAACUGUUUGAAUUACUUUGGUUGGCUUCACGAGGCAAUCUGGAGCCCAUGGGAGGAUUUCAUUACCAUUGGUGGCCUCGCUGUUCUCCCUCAGGUCAUGUGGUCAACGUUUGUCCCGUUGGUUCCUAACAGCAUCUUGCCUGGGGCAGUCUCCUUCACUCUGGCUACUGCGAUUGUCGCCAUGGCACGAAGUGGCAAGCUUUCUGAGAAAGGGACAAAAUUUGUAAGUUCAAUGUCUGGAUGGACUGCCACCCUGCUUUUUAUGUGGAUGCCCAUCGCACAAAUGUGGACAAAUUAUCUCAAUCCUGAUAACAUCAGAGGGUUAUCGGCUUUCACAAUGUUGCUUGCAAUGAUGGGAAAUGGUCUGAUGAUUCCACGUGCUUUAUUCAUUCGUGAUUUUAUGUGGUUUACUGGCUCAGCUUGGGCAUCCUUUCUUCAGGGCUGGGGAAAUCUAUUCUGCAUGUAUUGUUUCAAUACGAUCAGCAGGGAGUUUUUCUUUGGGACAACUAUUGGAUUGCUUCUUUGGAUAGGUGGGGAGCUAGCCUGCUCAGCGCUUGGGUAUGGAUAUCUUGACCCACGUAUUGACAGAGUGGGUAUGGGGACAAGGCAUGGUCCUCUGGAGAGAUGCUGUAGCCUAUGGAUACAGUUCACCUCUAAAAUCCAUAAAGGAGCUAAUUUUUGCACACUGACGUUGUCACGGUGGUGGCAAGUUAUGUUGUUACUAUGUGGUUAUUUGUAAUCACCGUUUUCACCAUGGAUAAACUUAAUGCUGUUUUGGUCGCUUCAAAACGAUAGGCAGAACAUUCUAUAAGAUUAUGAGUUAUAUAUUGUUAUCAAUAUACAGCUGCAUUUGGCAAAUAUUGUCUAAUCUAUUAUGGUUCAACCAAUGAUUUUAUGAA